AUGGAAGACGUGAUUAACCAAAAACCUGGGAUAAUCAGAAGAUCCGUUGGAUGCUUGAAAGAUGUGUAUAAUCAUAAAAACUUUGUCAGAUACUCGUUGUACACUGUUGCUGGCUCUACUACUGUACUAGCUAUUUGGGUCUACUUCCGAAAACGCCAAAAGAAAAAGCCGAUUUCCCUGUCUUCAAUUUCAAAUGACAAUCUCGAUGCAUCUCCCCUUAGAAAAGACGUCCAUGUUUCUCAAAUCAACAGAAGCGCCGGAGAACGACUGUACCUAGAACUUGGUAGUGGAACGUCGCAGGCGAUGAUGUCGAGCUCUGAGAGCUGUUCGAGUUUGACGAAUUCGAUGAGCUCGGAAGAUUUGAACGUCGUGAUUCACGAGUGUCUUUCUCGGGGAUUGAGGGAGCUCAAAAUGGGAUUGGACUUGUCGGGCUACGAUGGAAGCAGAAGUGAAUCAGAAUGCUCAACUCCCGGCUCACUCCGCUCCUCAGGCAGCAACAGAGCUCCUUCAGGACGAAAGCGCGUCAAUUCCCGCCGCAGAAUGGGAAGUAUCAGCAAUUCUAUGUCAAACUCGACGGCUUCGACGACGGAGAUUCUUGAAGAAGUCGCGACUAUUCUAAAAGCGCAACAGCGUAUCGAGCAGAUUAUUGAAUCCGACCCGUGUUUGGCUAGUUCUAGCGACUCGAUCAAGGAAAUUAUUCAACAUGUGAGAACAGAAUCCGAAUCGUCGGGGAAUGAGUCCGUCGCGUCUCAAAGAACUGUCCGUUCUGGCAGAUGGUCGCCAAGCGGUUCUAGCGUCGAUUCUUUCAUGACCGCCGACGAAGACUUCGAACUGACAACCUUUCCAUUCCUUGGCGCGGCGUACGAGCUCGCUGAUGACGACAGAAUUUACACCAGAAAAAUUCGCUACGAACUUUGCGGCGUCAAAACGGAACGAGAAUUCCUCGCAAAGCUGCAUUGCAUCAGAGAAGCGGAGAAGCUUUGGCUCAGUGACAAGGCCUCUCGCGUUUGGUUGAAAGAUGUAACAUGUGUUAUUUUUACUGGCUUGCUGCAAGCUGAUGGUUCUGAUCCCGAACCAUGCCAAGAAAACUUUGAAUCCUUGUGCGACUGGUGCGAGGACAACUACGAAGAAAUGUGCAAAAGUCUUUCGCACAAAGGCAUCUGCGAAAUCUCCAUAUUCGACGUCGUCAUUGAUCUUUGUCUCCUCGAUGGACUAGAUCUUCUUUCCAGCCCUCCAGCAGCCAUGAUGUCCGUCCUUUCAAAUCGCUGGAUGAGCGAUGAUUUCAAGAAGACGGCGAUGACGACAGCCCUUUGGAGCUACAUCAGUCGCUGCAGAUCGGAUCCCGUAAACAACAAUCCGUUCAUGGGUAAACUCCUCGAUUUGGCAAAAACGGUCACUCCUGCAAUCUGCUGGGGGCAAAUGGGACCACAGCGAAAGUUCGGCGAGCUAUUGCGGAGCUUCAAGUCGGAGAUAAUCUCACUCUGCCAAGAUCUUUUCGCCUACCGAGACAGCUGGGGAUCGAAAGAACACUUGUCAAAGGACCUGAGAAACGUCAUCGCAUCAACCUGUCACCGGCUAAUCGACAUUUUGAACGAAAAAACAGAAAGUGAAAUCUUAUUCGUCGAGCCUCCAAAAAUGAUAGAAGAACUGACUGAAGCUGGCGAUCACUCUUGA